CGUCCAGUGAGCGGGGCGGCAGGGCCCGCGCGGCGGGGGCGGCGGCGGACGCCUGGCCACCGUGACCCCGAUUUUGGAUUUACCGCUCGGGGGGUGGGGGGAACCUGGAUUUAACUGGCGACUGUUUUGGGGGACUCCGGACGCCAUGUUGUGGAAAUUAACCGAUAAUGUCAAAUAUGAAGAGGACUGCGAGGAUCGCCACGACGCGAGCAGCAAUGGGAACCCGCGCAUCCCCCACCUGUCCUCGGCCAGCCAGCACCUCUACACCUCCGCGCCCCCCCUGUCCCACUCGGGCGUCUCCGAGUACCAGCCGCCGCCCUACUUCCCGCCGCCCUACCAGCAGCUGGCCUACUCGCAGUCCGCCGAUCCCUACUCGCACCUGGGCGAAGCCUACGCCGCCAUCAACCCCCUGCACCAGCCCGCGCCCGCCGGCAGCCAGCAGCAGGCCUGGCCGGGCCGCCAGGGCCAGGACGCGGCCGGGCUGCCCCCGCACCACGGGCGCCCGGCCGCGCUGCUGCCGCACCUCGCCGGCCUAGAGGCGGCGGGCGCGGUGGGCACGCGCCGGGACGCCUACCGCCGCUCGGAACUGCUGCUCCCGCACGCGCACGCCCUGGACGCCGCGGGCCUGGCCGAGAACCUGGGGCUGCACGACGUGGCGCACCCGAUGGAGGACGUGCAGAACGUGGACGACCCGCAUCUGCUCCUCCAUGACCAGACUGUCAUCCGCAAAGGUCCCAUCUCCAUGACCAAGAACCCCCUGGGUCUGCCGUGUCCGAAGGAGCUGGUGGGGGCCGUCAUGAACCCCAGCGAGGUCUUCUGCUCGGUCCCCGGGAGGCUGUCCCUCCUCAGCUCCACGUCCAAGUACAAAGUGACCGUGGCUGAAGUGCAGCGGAGGCUGUCCCCGCCGGAGUGCUUGAACGCCUCCCUGUUGGGGGGCGUUCUCCGGAGAGCCAAGUCCAAAAACGGAGGGCGAUCUCUGCGGGAGAAGUUAGACAAGAUCGGCCUGAACCUCCCAGCCGGGAGACGGAAAGCUGCUCACGUGACCCUGCUGACAUCUUUGGUGGAAGGUGAAGCUGUUCAUUUGGCACGGGACUUUGCCUAUGUCUGUGAAGCGGAGUUUCCCAGUAAGCCCGUGGCCGAGUAUUUAACGCGGCCUCAUCUCGGGGGACGGAAUGAGAUGGCAACGCGGAAGAACAUGCUUCUAGCAGCACAGCAAGUGUGUAAGGAAUUCACAGACCUCCUCAAUCAAGACCGAACCCCCAACGGGAACAGCAGGCCCACCCCGGUUUUGGAGACCAGCAUCCAGAGCUGCCUGUCUCAUUUCAGCCUAAUUACCCACGGCUUCGGCAGCCAGGCUAUCUGCGCCGCCGUGUCCGCGCUGCAGAACUACAUCAAAGAGGCCUUGAUGGCCAUAGACAAAUCCUACAUGAGCCCCGGAGACCAGAGCCCAGCAGACUCCAAGACUCUGGAGAAAAUGGAGAAGCACCGGAAGUGA